GGGAAGGAAAAGGGACGGAGGAUAAAGAAGGGAGAUGACUGCAUCUAAGGAAAAAAACAACGUAUUUCUCUCAUCCAACGUAAAUAUUCUAAAUCAUAAAUAUGAUUGACUUGUUUACCAACAGAGAAUACUGAAAUAAAUGACAGAGAAACGGUGAUAAGGUAAUUUCUUUAAUGUUCCAAUUUGCACGCUUUGCCCUGUCUAAGACCAUGUGUUAAUUCGAUUGUAUAAUCUUCACCUUGACUCGAGAACAAAAAUGUUUUCAAGUCAAGGGACAUAACGUCGAUGACAAUUGGAAAAUAAAUUAUGACAAACCAGACCUAUCAAGCCGUAGUCACAUGCUUGGCAUGUUUUUAAUGUUUAAAGACGUGUGUUUCACAAAUAAAUAAUGUGUAGCCUUGCAUGUUAAAACGUUUUAUUUGAGACGAUUUGUGCCAAUGGCUUUUUAUAACUCCUACGCAUCCGAUUAGCUUGUUACAAAAUACACCCAUGAAAAAAUCUAAACGGAAAAAGCCACGGUGAGAGACGAUGCCGCAUACCACACUGCUGUACUAGAGCACAUGGGUUUUGCGCACAUCACCAUCAACAUGCACAUUUGUUGCAGUGCGUUUUGCCCAUGAGGAGCAUAGUGCCAUCAUAGGCUGGCAGUGGCCUUACUGCCGGUUACCUUGGUGUCUACAUAUUCCUCUCCUGUUUUACAGUACUAGCCAUAUGAGCAGAUGUUACCUUGAGUGUCCUCUAAAAGUAGCUUGCCAAAGCUACUAAUACUUUAUGGAUGUAAUUUCUGCAAUUCUGUUAUUGAUAUGCCUCCUUACAGUACAGUCUUCCUCAUAAAAUGGUACAUUUAUCUUUUAAACUUUCAUGUGAUUUCAUUUUGAUCUAUGAAUGAGAAUCUCCUAGUGUGUCCAGAGUAAACUGGGCCCAGCAGAGUGAUGUCAUCUCCAGGAAUGGGCACCCCCAGUGACCCCCUGUUGGCCAGCCCAGGAGGGAGGUCAUCAGAGAGGUCAUUGGGUGCCACAAAUGGUCUCUGGAGGAGCUCCAUGCCCAAGACCGUCAGCUUCCCAUCGUCUACCACACGCCUCCUGAGUCACCGUGCCAACAACUUCCAGAGACACCCGAAGCGGCGGAAGCUGAUCAGACCGUCCCCGCCCCCCCCGCCCAACACCCCCUGCCCCCUAGAUCAGCUGGACCUCAGUGAGAUGCCCCCUCGCCGCACCUUCCCUGAGCUGCUCUUCAACGGCUGUGUCCUGUUUGGCAUUGAGUUCAGCUACGCCAUGGAGACGGCCUAUGUCACCCCUGUCCUGCUACAGAUGGGUCUGCCCGAAGAGUUCUACAGCCUGGUGUGGUUCAUCAGUCCUAUAUUGGGAUUCCUGGUCCAGCCUCUCCUAGGAGCUUGGAGUGAUCGUUGUACAUCCCGCUUUGGCCGUCGGAGACCGUUUAUUUUAGCCUUGGCUAUUGGAGCUCUGCUUGGUUUGACAAUGGUGCUGAAUGGGCGAGACAUUGGAGCUGCGGUGGCAGACACAGCAACCAAUCACAAGUGGGGCAUUAUACUGACUAUUUGUGGAGUGGUUCUGAUGGACUUCUGUGCGGACUCGGCAGAUAAUCCCAGCCACGCCUACAUGAUGGACGUGUGCCUGCCAGAGGACCAGGACCGUGGCCUCAAUAUUCACGCACUGCUGGCAGGCCUGGGUGGUGGAUUCGGGUACAUCGUGGGUGGAAUUAACUGGGACCACACUGAGUUUGGGAGGUCAAUGGGAGGUCAACUUCGAGUCAUCUACAUGUUCACCAGUGUCACAUUGGUCAUUGCCACGUGCAUGACCCUCAACAGCAUCCCCGAGCGGCCCCUGCCAAAGAUGCAGACUCAGAAGAACUCUAAAAACUCUCUAAAGAGCCCCAGCCUCCCUCUGCCCCCCUCUCCCCCUGUCCCUCCGGGGGCAAGCCUGGGAUUGGAGGAGGAAGAGGCAGAGGAGAGGCUUUAUAGCUACCAGUUCUCUGAACCCUGCCCCUCAAACCCUAACCCCAUGGCACACUCCUGUAGUGCCAACGCACGCCUCUGUGCCGGCCUCACCAGCCCCAUCUCCCCCCUCAGCCCCCUUACUCCUAAAUAUGGCAGCUUUAUCAGUCGGGAUAACUCUCUCACUGGCAUCAAUGAGUUCGCCUCAUCCCUGGGAACCUCCUAUAUAGACAGUGUGCUCAUCGACUGCUACACCGGACAGCCAUCUCCACAGCCCUUUGACCAGGACACUGCAGCCCGACGACUGCCUCCAGGGGACACCCCACCUCCCCAGGGAUCUCAGCCUGGAACUGGGUCACAGUCUGGAGCAGUAGCCCAGGCUGGAGCACUAACCGUGGCUGUAGCACUAACCGUGGCUGGGACAGUGGCCCUGGCUGGGGCAGGAUCCCAGGCUGGGGCUCAGGCCGGGGAGGCUCAGAUGGAGGCAGGGUCCCAUCGAGGUUCGUCCGCUGGUAUCCUGAAGCGCCCUCAGAGCCUUGCGCUUGUGGAGGAGCCAAUGGUGAUCCAAGGUGAAGGGCUGGAAAAUGGCCGCAGAAGAACGGUGACCUUCAGUCAGCAGGUGGCAAACAUUCUGCUGAAUGGGGUGCGCUAUGAGAGUGACCUGAGUGAAAAUGUGGAGACAGCAGAUUCACAGAUGUCAAUGAGGCUACUGUGUAUCGCCAUCUACAGGAUGCCUCCGUCACUGCGCAGCCUAUGCACUAACCAUUUCUUGGGUUGGCUGUCCUUUGAGGGCAUGCUGCUGUUCUACACUGACUUUAUGGGGGAGGUAGUGUUUGAGGGAGACCCAAGAGCACCCCAUGACUCUGAGGCCUACCAACGCUACAAUGCUGGGGUUAGCAUGGGCUGCUGGGGCAUGUGCAUCUAUGCAUUCAGUGCUGCCUUUUACUCAGCCAUACUGGAGAAGCUGGAGGAGCGUUUUUCCCUCCGCUCUCUUUAUUUCUUUGCCUACCUGGCGUUUGGCCUUGGCACGGGCCUUGCUACACUCUCCACCAACCUCUAUGUGGUGCUGUCGCUCUGUGUCACCUACGGGGUGCUCUUCUCCUCUCUGUGCACACUGCCUUACUCUCUGCUGUGUGAAUACUACCAGAGCCCACAGUUCUGUGGCUCGUCAGAGGAAGGGACCAGGAGAGGGAUGGGGGUGGACAUCUCUCUGCUCAGCUGCCAGUACUUCCUAGCUCAGAUCAUAGUCUCCGUGGCGAUGGGACCUCUGACCUCGCUGGUGGGCGGGGCCCAGGGAGUGAUGUACUUUUCUAGUGCGAUGUCAUUCGUGGGCUGUCUGUACUCCUCCCUCUGCGUGGUGUACCACCUGCCCCCCCCUGAGGGAAGAGAAGUUGAAACUGGGGUGUGAUUCGGCAUUCCAUCGGAAACCGAACAAAAAAGAAGAACAACAAAUCUGUAGUUUUGGUGGCGAGAAAGAAUUCAGGAAGAUGCAUGUGAACUAUGCUUAAGAUGGCGCUGGACAACUUUGAGAGGGAAGACUUUUGGGUUCAUAUUUGCCAACAGCAAGUGCUUAUUUUCACCGCUAAGGCGCAUGCUUUAGUUAGGGUUUAGGCUUGUUUCACCACACGACCCAAACUGGCUCACUGGAGUGACCCUCUCACAUUUGGGUUAGUUAUCCAGUCUCAUUACACGCUGCUGCAUUUAUUCACUCAAUUCAUUUGAUUAUAAACAGCUCAAAUAACAUUUCAUCUUCCAUGUACAUCAAUCAGCCAAUUAUAAAACAUUGGUGAAAUCAUAAUUACUUUUCAAUUGAGAAAAUCUGACAGGCUAAAAAAAACUUGCUUGCCUUGAACAUCACUUAAUUGACACCGAGACUGUUUACAGGCAUUUUUUGAAUGAAUUGUUAACAAUAACUCAUGCCUGCGUUCAGCUUCAUUUGUGAGUUUCACUAAAAUACCCACCACCGUGAAACACCCCACUGUCAUGAGUCAUCUAGAGCUGAUGCCUCAGUGGAAUGUUGAUCAGGGUCUACCACUAAAGCCUCCAUAACAGACUGGACACGUGCCAUGAUGAUGUCAUGUUUCUGACUGGUUUCUUUUGAGAAAACAGCAACUGUAUGGAUCAUCAUGCUGUUGCAACUUGCUUCAAUUCAACAAAAUAACAUUUAUAGUGUUUUCUGAUGUUCUUCAUCCUUAAUUCCAAUAUUGACUGUAUUACUGUAACAGCUACUUCAGG